AUGUCGGGUUUGGUGGACAAGGCGAAGAACUAUGUGGCGGAGAAGGUGGCGAACAUGGAGAAGCCGGAGGCGUGCCUUAGCCAGGUGGACUUCAAGGGCGUGAACCGCGAGUGCGUCACCUAUGGCGCCAAGGUCUCCGUUAAAAACCCUUACAACACCGCAAUACCCAUUUGCGAGAUCUCUUACGUCCUCAAAAGCGAUGCCAGGGUGAUCGCAUCGGGUACGAUACCCGACCCGGGUUCAAUAAGGGGGCACGAAACAACGGUGUUGGACGUGCCUGUGAAGGUGGCACACAGUAUAUUGGUGAGCUUGGUGAAAGAUAUAGCUAGAGAUUGGGACAUAGACUACCAGUUGGACUUGGGUCUCACCAUUGACCUUCCGGUCAUCGGAAACUUCACCAUCCCUCUCUCCAGGAAAGGCGAGAUCAAGCUCCCUACCCUCAAGGACGUCUUCCAUAAAAAGUAAAAUUUAAAGACCCACGACAUUUUAUAUAUAUAUAUAUACAUAUAUUCCAAAUCCUUUUAACUUGGUGACCCUUUAGUAAUAUAUAGGUUAUAUUUGGGAGCACUAGUUCAUCAACGUCUUGAUGAUUCAGUUCUAAAUCCAAUCUCACUUUGUAAACUCGGUUGACCCAUGAAAUUUGGUUUUAUCACUUUGAAGAAUAUUUUUGUUCAACCACAAGGGCAUAUUGACUGUUGAGUUACACAUGAACAUGUAUAUAUUGUACCUUCUUUUUUUUUUUUUCCUUGAGUUUGUUAUUGGUUAAAUGAGAUUCCGGUGGCUAUUGGCUAAGAAUGCUUAUUGUAAAUUCUUUAUAUUACUACCAACAAUUGUAAAUUCUUGAUAUUUCUAUUUAUGAACGAUAAAUUGUUGAAUAGUUCGUAGUACACGUGUGUUUCUUGUCAAAUA